UGCGCUCAUCCCGUGUGUGCCCAACUCGCAUGUGGAUUGGCCACACAUAAAAUUCUAUUGUACAGGACGCACGGUAGGAUGGGCAUAUUGAAAAAUUUUCCCCCAUCAAAAGUGAUGAUUUAUCAAUCGUGAAUGAUUAUUUCUUAUAAUCUCUUAUAUUUUUCUUUUAUAAGUCCUUACCAUCUCCUUUUAUAUAGAUUGGAGUGCUUCAAGUAAAGUUAAGUAACGACACCUAAACCAAUUCUUUUGUGAAAGCAAACAAUGCAGAGCUGUGUAAGAAUGUCAGAUUCCAGAGGCUUGCUUGUGCCGACCUCUGCAUGUUUGAAAUCAUGUUUCUAGACACGCGCCAUUUAACAGGUAACAAAUACUUGCAAGACUAAUUGAACAACUAGUUCUAAAACCUUUACUCCACCAACACAAGCUUAUACCAAAUGCAUUGCUGUUUGAACUGGCAACACAUUUUUGGGGUCAUUGAUGUAAGACUUGAGUCAUCCUAGGUCCUUAUUAUGUUAGCUUGACCAUAGGUAAAAUUCUUAGACUGGGAUAUUCAACAUCGAUACAACUUCCCAUUGUUCCAUAGAGUGCGAUCCACUAUGAUUAUAGUUUGGCUUAUGCUCUUGAUGGUUUUCUCCAAUGGGUUUUCUUCUAAUGGGAUUAUUAAUACCACAAGACCUAAUUUUGUGAACAUUGGGGCAAUUUUAUCUUUCAAUUCUAGCAUUGGAAAAGUUGCAAAAGUUGCUAUAGAGGCUGCAGUUGAAGAUGUGAAUUCCAAUUCAUCAAUUCUCAAUGGAACUAAGCUUAGACUUGCAAUGCAAGAUACUAAAUACAGUGACUUUCUGGGAAUAGUUGAGGCUUUAAGUUUUAUGGAGAAUGAAACAGUGGCCAUAAUCGGUCCACAAUUCUCAGUCACGGCUCGCGUGAUCUCCCAUAUUGCAAACGAGCUUCAUGUUCCCCUGCUUUCAUUUGCUGCAACGGAUUUCACUUUGACUUCACUUCAAUUCCCUUACUUCAUAAGGACAACGCAGAGUGAUCUCCACCAAAUGGCGGCAGUGGCCGAGCUCGUUAGCCACUACGAAUGGAGAGAUGUGAUAGCAAUCUACAUAGAUGAUGAUUUCGGAAGAAAUGGGAUUGUUGCAUUGGGUGAUCAACUCGCUGAGAAACGCUGCAAAAUCUCCUACAAAGCUCCUCUGAGUCCAAAUAAGAACCCGGAUGAAAUUACUUCUGUUCUGCACCAGGUGUCUUUGAUGGAGUCUCGGAUUCUUGUCCUGCACAUUUGUGCUACGUGGGGUCUACAAGUACUUAGACAGGCCAAGAUACUCAAAAUGAUGGAAACAGGAUUUGUAUGGAUUGCCACUGAUUGGCUCUCCACCAUAUUAGAUACAGACCCUUCACUCCUCUCAAAGGAGUCAGAUAACCUUCAAGGUGUCCUCACCUUGCGAAUGCACACGCCGGAAUCUCCACGAAAAGCUGAUUUUAUUAACCGGUGGAGCAACUUGACAACUAAAGGAAGGAAAGUUGAUGACCCUUUUGGGCUAAACACCUAUGGUUUAUAUGCUUAUGACUCUGUUUGGCUUCUAGCUCAAGCAAUCGACUCGUUUUUCAUCAAUGGAGGUAAAGUUUCCUUCUCGAAUGAUUCCAGCUUGAGGGGAUUACAUGGAAGAAGCAUGCAUCUUGAUGCUAUGAGCAUGUUUGAUGGAGGAGAAUCGCUGCUGCAUAGCAUCUUGCAGGUCAAUACAACUGGAGUAACCGGACCAAUCAGGUUCGACACAGAUAAGAACAUUGUUAAUCCUGCAUAUGAGAUCAUCAACGUAAUUGGAACAGGGGUUAGGAGGAUUGGUUACUGGUCAAACUCUUCUGGGUUUUCGACUUCUCCUCCAAGGCGAGGCCUGAAGAUGCAAUUCAACAAUACAACUAAUUCUAGCCAACAACUCUACGGCGUGAUAUGGCCUGGACAAACAACUCAGAAGCCUCGAGGUUGGGUUUUCCCUAACAAUGGAAGACAAUUGAGGAUUGUAGUUCCAUUGAGAAUCAGCUAUCGUGACUUUGUCUCGCGGGUUGAUGGCUCAUCUGAUGCGUUUAGCGGAUACUGCAUUGAUGUGUUUACUGCCGCACUGGAUCAGUUACCAUAUGGAGCUCCAUCAUAUAAGUUUGUUCCUUAUGGUGAUGGCCAUACUAAUCCAUCAGUCACAGGUCUUCUUCACAUGGUCGCACAGGGUAGCUUUGAUGCUCUGGUUGGCGAUGUUACAAUCACAACAAGCAGAGCAAAGAUGGUGGAUUUUACACAGCCAUAUAUAGAAUCAGGGCUAGUGGUAGUUGCCCCAAUUAGAAAGUUAAACUCGAGUGCUUGGGCUUUUCUAAGACCUUUCUCUGCAAAGAUGUGGUGUGUGACUGGUAUAUUCUUCCUAGUUGUCGGGGUAGUUGUUUGGAUCUUGGAACGUAGGACAAAUAAUGAUUUCCGGGGCUCUCCCAGAAGACAAGUUGUGAGGAUUUUGUGGUUUAGCUUUUCAACUUUGUUUAUUUCGCACAACGAAAGAACUGGAAGCACUCUGGCUCGGUUUGUGCUGAUAAUAUGGCUGUUUGUGGUCCUAGUACUUACCUCCAGUUACACUGCAAGCCUGACCUCAAUACUCACAGUGGAGCAACUAUCUUCACCAGUAAAAGGGAUUGAAAGUUUGGUCACAAGCAAUGAACCAAUAGGCUAUACGAAUGGUUCGUUUGCCUUAAACUAUCUAACCGAUGAACUAAACGUCCAUAGGUCCAGACUUGUUCCCUUCAACUCUCCUGAAGAAUUUGAUAAAGCCUUGAAGGCUGGUCCAAGUAGAGGAGGAGUUGCUGCUGUGAUCGAUGAGCGUGCUUAUAUGGAACUUUUCCUUUCUACCCGCUGCGAAUACAGCAUUGUUGGUCAAGAAUUCACCAAAAUGGGUUGGGGAUUUGCAUUUCCACGGGAUUCACCGCUAGCUGCUGACAUGUCAACAGCAAUAUUGAAACUAUCAGAGAAUGGAAUUCUUCAAAGGAUUCAUGACAAAUGGCUGAGGAAAAGUGCUUGCAGUUCAGAAGGCGCAAAGCAAGAUGUAGAUCGUCUUGAAAUCAAAAGCUUUUGGGGUCUGUUUUUGCUAAGUGGGACGGCUUGCAUUCUUGCUCUCCUUCUCUACUUCAUCAAAACAAUGUAUCAGUUCUCUAAGUAUACUAGGGGAACCUCUCAAUCUUCAAGUCUUCGUCUAUUUCUUCAAUUCCUUAAUCAGAAAGAAGAUGUACAAAGCCGCUCAAAGAGAAGGAGAUCAGAGAGCCUCAAAUAGAAUUAUAGUUCGUGAAGAUGGACCAAUUAACUUUUAGAUAAUAUAUCUACUAAUUUGUAUCAACGGACCAGAAAAAUCUUAGACAAAAACAAAAAUGGACCUAAGAAUCUUGGCUACUAUAGGAGUAUCGUAGUAAUAUAUGUUUGCAUAUGUAUGAUAUUCUUGUAGCAGUGACGAUGAUAACUUGUUAAAGUCCUCCUUAUUAGACCGUAACUCAGUUUCACAUCACAAUAUUUGAUGUAAAUUUAUCAGAAUCUCUCUGUAAUAAUUUGUCUUGAUUGCUUGAUAUAAAGUAGUAGUCUAUUAGGAAUCUUGUAGGAUAUGCUUGUAUUAGCAUACUUAAAUCACACGCCACCUUUUCGUCCUCUUUAAUUUGUUCCUUUUGAUAAAAUUAUCUGGUUUUGUUGAUUUAACUUCAGUUCAUAUUUAGUUUUGGCUCUGUUGAUUCUUUACAAUCUUGACCUUUUUAGGUUUGUCUCUGUCUUGGUCUCUUCUGGGCUCAUGUUAUGAAUUGCUUCAUAUUUGUUGUCAUUGGCUUGCCUGAUUCUCAUCAUUAGAUCUGGUUGUUUAGUGUUUUCUCUAUAUGCUGAAUUAUUCUUUAUGUUCUUGUUAUGGAGAUAUUAUGAUAUUUGAGCUGCAGCUUCAGUCCGCAUAUUCCUUACCAAUUACCACCCAUCUUCUUUCAUUGUCAUUCCACUUAUUUUAGUAUGUCAUUUUCACUGCAGAUUCUCAUAGUCAUAAAUAUUUGUGAGUGUUUGCUUCUGGAAUUUUAAAUUUCUUUUUUUGCCCCCACUUUUUCAGAGAUUCUCUCGUGUUCUUGGCAGAGCAGGCUAAGAAUUAGGGGCUUAUAAUCUAGCAAUUCACCCUGUACAAAAUUUGGUACCUGGUUUUGAUAGUUCUCUGCAAUGGGCUUGCAGCAAACGGGGCUAGCACUAACAAUUCUAGUAGACCAAGUGUUGUAAAUAUUGGGGUAUUUUCUCUUUGGCAUCAAUUAUUAGGAGGGCUGGAAAAGUGGCAGUAGAAGCUGUGGUUAAAGAUAUAAAUUCUGAUCCUUACAGUGCAGGACAGCAAUUUAGUGGAUUUUUCGACAUUAUUGAGGCCUUAUAGUUCAUGGAGAAAGACACCUUAGUCACAAUUGGCCCUCAAACUGCUGUAAUAGCUCAUGUGAUAUCUCAUAUUGCAAAUGAGCUCCAUGUUCCAAUGCUGUCAUUUACCGUGACCCUUCAAGUUCCCAUAUUUUGUUAGAACUACCCAGAGUGAUUAGUAUCAGAUGGCUGCAAUAGCAGACGGUGUUGACUACUAUGGAUAAGAGAGGUAAUUGCAUUCUAUGUUGACGAUGACUAUGGUAGAAAUGGGAUCACUGGAUUAGGUUACAAGCUUGCUGAGAAACGUUGUAAGAUCUCAUGCAAAGCACCUGUGAAGCUUGAACCAACCAAGAAGGACAUCACAGUUGUAUUGCUGAAGGUGGCUUUAACAGAAUCUCUGAUUGUUGUUCUUCUUGCUUAUCCUAGUUUGGGUAUGGCGGUUUCCAAGGUAGCAGAAUAUCUUGGCAUGAUGGGAACUGGGUAUGUCUGGGAUAGCUACUACUUGGCUCUCUAGUGUAAUUAAUAUCAAUUCUUCCUCUCUCUCCGGAUGAAACGAAUGAUAUCCAAGGAGUUCUUACAUUGCCAAUGCAGACACCAGACUCAGAACUGAAAGGAAAAUUUGUUUCGAGGUGGAGUAACUUAACCAGUAGAAGGACAGCUGACAGCUCACUUGGCUUUAGUAUUUAUGCUCUGUAUGCCUUGACAAUGUAUGGUUGCUUGCUCAUGCAAUUAAUGUAUUUUUCAAACAAGGGGGACAAAUCUCACUUUCGAAUGAUUCGAGGUUAACACAGUUACAGGGAGGCAACUUACAUAUGGAUGCUAUGUCUCUAAUGGUGGAACGUUGUUGCUUAAACAAUAUAUAGCCACAAAUAUGACAGACUGGCCCGUUAAAUUCACUUCAGAUAGGGACCUUAUCCAUCCUGCAUUUGAAAUCAUCAAUGUGAUUAGUAUAGGGAUGAGACCAAUUGGUUAUUGGUCUAAUUAUUCAGGAUUAUCAGCUUUGCCUACGGAAAGACUCUACACAAAGCCACCAAAUCGUUCUAGUUCAAGCCAACAACUACACCCUGUAAUUUGGCCGGGACAAACAGUAGAGAAGCCUCGUGGGUAGGUUUUCCCAAACAACGGAAGGCAUUUGAUAAUUGGAGUUCCAAAACGAGUCAGCUAGAAAGGAUUUGUCUCACAAGUAGAGGGAACCGAUAUGUUCACUGGCUACUGUAUUGAUGUAUUUGCUUCUGCAUUGAACGCGUUAUAAGUUAAUUCCAUUUGGAGAUGGCAUUAAAAACCCAAGUUGCACUGAGCUAGUGCGUUUGAUCACAAUGGGAGUGAGUGUCAUAAAUGUUAAUUUGUUUAUAAAUGUAGUUCUCCUGAUUUUUUUAUUUUCUUGUUCCAUAUAGACUUUUGAUGCAGCAAUAGGGGACAUUGCAAUCAUCACUAAUUGAACGAGGAUGGCUGAUUUCAAACAGCCAUAUAUUGAAUCUGGAUUGGUUGUAGUGGAACCUGUUAGGAAAGUGCAGUCCAAUGCCUGGGCUUUUCCGAGGCCAUUCUCUCCGAAGAUGUGGCCUGUUAAAGCUGUAGUUGUAGGUUGAAUGAUGAUUUUCGGGGUCCUCGUAGAAGUCACGUUGUAACUAUUCUGUUGUAAGAUAUAUUAUAUCCUCUUUUUUAAACAUAUGAUUUACUUCAAUACAUCAACUUUUCAUUCUAGUAUUUAUCUUUGAUUACUGCAUACAGAU